CAAAUAAAAAAAGCAGAAGCAAAAAACUACUGUGAAAAGCAAUAUGUCAAUACGCGGAGAUUUUUCGUAAACAAUCGGAUGAAAUUCUGAAUUUCCAAGUGCUUUCCGGCCCGAAUGGAGGUGAAAAUGCAGCACAACUCCCAGGCGCACUUGUUCCAGAUACAGGUCAAAUCCCUGAUCAAAACGCUGAAAUGUCUGCAAUCGGACGAUAAAUACCAAGCGCUACUGUUUCUCAUUUCGGCCAUUAAGCUGUACGUCAAAUUUUUGUACAACGACAGUCAGGAGCGAAUUUAUAAGCCGUCAAUACUCAAAGAGUUAAACAACAUCCAGAAUGUGAUUAUUGCCAAUCUGCUGAAGUCACGAAGUGCAGCUGCUUCUGCAACAACGGUGCCGUCGUCAUCGUCGUCCUCGCUAGUUCCCUGUGGUGGUGAGUUGCGAACCAGCAUCCGAAACAACGCACCGGGACGAAUCGACAGUGAUGGAAUUUUACUCAUCCAUCCUGACUCCCAAAGCAGGACACUUUUGACCCUUACACCGUACGAAAUUAAGGGCAAGCUAAUUCGUGGAGGUCUUUUUGAUGGAAUCCCAUUGUCUGGUGCAGUGAAGUUCAAGCGUCGACCUCGCGUUGGGGUCAUCGGUGAUUUCGGACGAAUCCGUUUGAAUCGUUCUCUGGUACGGAUGAUAGCUUCCCGCAACUUCAAACUGCUGUUCAACAUGUUUGAGCAAAGCAUUUUUCCAACGUGGAGAAUCUUUAAAGAGGAACGACCCAUACGAGGCGGGGGCCGUAAUCGCCCCACUAUGCCGUCGAUUUGCUACAGCGGUGGAUCGUCUCAUUCGCCCCCUGCAGCCUACAUCAAGAAGGAAGAUUUUGAUUUCGAUGCCCCGUACUCUCUUUCGGCGGUCGAUGAUCCCUGCUUCGAAGAGCUGAAAGAUGAAGACGAGGACCAUCAUCUUAUGAUGAUGAAGGAUGAGCUGGAGGAAGAGGAGGACGAUGACGAAGACGACGAUUCCAUUUCCAAUGAGAUCUUUUCGGAGGAAUCUUCGACGAACAAUACGUCGCUGAUGUUGUCCUCGGACACCAACACGCUGGAUACCAAUGACUCAAACAUGCUGUCCGGUGAGCGGCACAAAGAGCAGGUUUACCAGUGUUUGUUAUGCGAUAAAAGUUAUCGUAAACGGAAAUCUCUAGUGAUUCACUUCAGCAAUCACCCUGGAUUUUGCCCGGAUUGUGGAAAACAACGCGGUGUAUCAUCAGAGGACAUCAUCGAACACAACAGAAUCUACCAUAAGAAUCGGCCGCAUAUUUGCGAACACUGUGGUGAAACUUUUACUCGCAAUCAACAGUAUCAAGUCCACGUGCAGGGCCACUUCAUCAGCAAGGCAGAGCAGAACUGCAAAAAAUCCGAAAAGUACAGUUGUCGCUCAUGCGGUAUCGUUUUUAACAAUCAGAAAUACUUGGAAAAGCAUAUACAGAAAAGUGGUCAUCAGGCCGAAGGUGUCGUGUGUGUAACGUGUGGUGCAAUAUUUAUGUCCGACAUAAAACUCCAGCAGCAUAUGGCUAGGACUCAUAGUAAUGAAAAACGUUAUGCAUGCGAACACUGUAGUAAAGUGUUUAACAUGAAGCAGAAUCUCGAUCGACACAUGUUACAGCACACGACAAUUGCUGAGAAGAAUUUUCCCUGUGACAAGUGCAGUGCCUCGUACAUCUCAAUGGCUUUGUUGAAGGAGCACAUGAAGCUCUCACAUACAGCGGAGGAUAAAUUCGAGUGCAACAUUUGUCACAAGCUGUUUGCAGCAAAACGGUCUCUCAAGCGCCACAAGCUAUGUCACUCGGAGGAACGACCCUUUCCAUGUACUGUCGAAAAUUGCAAGGAGGCCUACAAGAACCAAUCUCACCUGGCUCGUCAUAUGAAGACGGCACACCACAUCGAUCCUCCAUCCAAGCGCAUGCAGAAAGGAAUUCCGAAGGAACCGGAUUUCGUCCCUCUAGAUCCCAUCGGUACCGGUGACUCAUCAGCGAGCAGAAACAACCCAAUGAAGAAACCAGUGAUCGCCGGCAGUGAUAAGUCCAUCGGCGACAGCAGCACCAACUUCAGUGAUAACCUCUCAACGUUCAACUACGACUAUGUCGAAGCCGUUCCGGGUGUAGAUCCCAGUCAGCAACAACAACAUCAGCAGCAACAGCAACGAAUACACAUGAUCGGCCCGACCGGGGGACCCCGAAUUGGUGUACCAAGUACGACGGUUGGUUUCAAUGACCCUAACCAAGGGUAUGGACGAGCCGCCAAUGAUCAGUUUGAAUGGCAAAACAUCGAGUUCAGUGGUGGCCCUGGUUCUUCGCAGCAAACGAUGGGCAUUGAUCCGCUCGCCCAGGGAUACAUCGAAGGAGUUCACACUACGGGUUACAUGACGGGAGCGUUGCCAGGCAUAAGACCUUAUACGGACCCAAAUCUCAUCUGUGAGCACUGCGAUGAAACUAACUUCCUAAAUAGCCAGCAGUUGCAAAUUCAUAUACAGGAUCAUUUCUCCACGAAAGAUGGUAAAGAUGCCCCCGGAAAAAAAUUAAUAAGAUUAAACUGUAAAACCUGCAACUUGGUGUUUGCAACGGGGGCCCAACUAGAUCGUCACAUUCAAAAAACAAACCAUCACACCGACAGCGUCGGUUGUGAUCUAUGUAGUGCAAUAUUCAACUCUAAUCUCAAAGUUUAUCAGCAUAUGCUCAAAUGUCAUAAAAAUGAAACGUGGUACGCAUGUGAGCAGUGUUCUAAGGUUUUCAUAUUGAAACAGGAGUACGACAAACAUCAGCUGGUCCACCAAACUGUCACCGACAAAUCGGUCAUCUGUGAGCAUUGUGCAUCAUCGUUUUUGUCACAGGAAGCGCUGAAGGAACAUAUCAAAAUUACACACACUGCGGAGAAAAAAUACGAGUGCACCAUUUGCAACAAAUUGUUUGCCGCUAAGCGCUCACUCAAACGCCAUAAACUAUGCCAUGAGGAGGAAGGUGCAUUUCCCUGCCCAGUCGAGGAUUGCAAGGAGUCAUUCAAGACCCCUGCCAGCCUUACCAAGCACAAAAAGAUGGUGCACAGUAUUGGACCAGAUCCGAGUGAGAAAGGCGGAUCUAAAGCCAAGGCGACAGCAGCCGCCAAAGCGGCAGCCAGUGAAAAGCUCCUUCCCGAGCCACCUCCGGUGAUUCCUGGGGGCACCCCUGCUGCACUUGCAAUGGGUAGCGUGGCUGGUCCAUCGGUCGCGGUGAAACAUGAACCACGAACGCCUACUGGCAUGUUAGUGCCUCCUUCUAGAACCAGCAGUACAAGUAGUGCGGGAACUGGAAGUAACCCAAAUACGAUACCCUACGAUCCGUAUGGUACCGGAAUGCACUACAAUAAUGUUGUUGGCCAGGGACAGCCGCAGCAGCAACACUUCACUGUACAAAAUCCGAACAACGCAAUUCACUAUGGCCCUGCAGGGCGGGCUGCCAAUGAACAAACCAUGACAUACAGAAUUGAUCCUACGGCUGCGUCCAAUACAGGCUAUACUGCCGGAGGCUAUGGACAGAUGAAUAGUUCGUUUGAGUGGCGCAGUAUGGAGUUACAAAACAGUAUUGACCCAGGAAUGGGUACAUCCGGAACCGUUGGACCAACCGUCCAAUCGGUAGCCGCAACCAUGAAAGCUAACAAAUAUUAUCCCGUGAUGGAUUCCAGUGGUACCGCCGGUGGCGGUUUUAUCCAAUCUCAACAAUCCCAGCAGCAUCAGUCACCACAUCAUCAUCAGCAGCAACAACAACUUCAUCCACAGCAUCCUCAUCAUCAGCAGACCCAACAGCAACAGCCGCAUCAGACUAUUCCUGGUGCCAAUGUACAGGUGAAGAGUUCACAGGAAACACAGCAGCAUCAGCAGCAACAACAACUAAUGAUGAAUAACCAGGAGUUCAUGGGCUAUCAGGAAAUCUGGAACGCUAAUAUGGGCAAGAUGGAAUACCAAGAAGAUGUAACCAACUCGAAUGUAUCAGGAAGCUCGUACAAUAACAUUGGAAACAUUUUAUCGAAUCUAGAGCUGAUAGGCAACAAUAGUAAUUAUGAGCAGAAUUAUGACAUUAUACCACCUGCCACGGGUGCGGAGCAGCAGCAACAAAAUACUCAGUCUGCAGGCCAGGUGCAGCAGGUUCCACCCAAAAACAACUAUCACAAGCAACAGCAACAUGUCCAUCAACAACAACAGCAGCAGCAAUCUAAUAUGAUGUCUGUGGACAACCCGAUGGUCAGCCAACACCAUCACCAACAACAGCAGCAACAGCAGCAAUAUUUCCAAGAACAUCACCCACACGCACCAAGCCAUCAUCCUCACCAGCAACCCCAUCAUGGUCUGCAUCAUCAACAACAGCCUCAUCACCCGGCUCAUCACGGGCAGUUGCACAGUCACCAUGGCCAGCAACAAACGCCAAGCCCGCAUCACCACCCGCCUCAUAUGCAGCAGCUUCAGGGAACCCAACAACAGCAGCAGCUGCAGCAUCAGUACAAUGCACAUCUUCCACAUCACCCGCAGCAUCCUCAUCAUCAUCCGCAUACCCCAGGGCCACCUGGUGCUCAUCAUGGAACGCCUGGACCUUCUGCCACAGGACACCCUCAUCAGAUGUCACAACAGCAACAACCCACGGCAGGUAUCAGCUACCCGAAUCAACAGCAUCCACAUCAGCAACAGCAGCAACAACAUCAACAAGCACAACAGCAACAACAGGAUCACACCCUAACAGACAUAUCUAAAACCAACAAUCUACAGUUUGUGGACAGCUUUACAGAAUCUAUCGACUACCUGCAACAAUCGUUUCAGUACGUGUAGUAAGUAGGUGGAAGCAGGCUAUACCGGUAGUGCGGAAAUUUCGCUGCAUUUGUCAUCUCCGUUAGCGUUCACAUGGGAGUGGUGCCUUUUCGCAUGAGUUAAGUUGAAACCUUUCCUCUGGGCCAGUUUGCAUUUUAAGCAGAAGGCCUCUUCCCAAGGCCCGAUGCCCACGUAGCGUCUUUUUAACGCCACUUGCGUUAAAACAACGCAGAUUAUUUUUCGCCGCAUUAUUGCUUUCUCCCGAUGCACAUCUGAGUCUUUUUAACGCCGCGUGCACGCAAUGUUGAAAUGACGCUACUUGGGCAUCGAGCCCAAAUGUUUAGAAUCUUCAGCGAUCAUCUUAGCAAAUUGGUUGUCUUCGUUAACAAAAAUCGAUUCCCUGUUGCAUCCCAAAGCGUGCAGAGAGCGGCGCCACUACAUAAUAUUAUAAGCGGCAGUUUCGGCAAAUUUCCAAUAAUUUCGUCUUUGUGGACAAAAGAGAGAUACCUCUCUAUUUCUUGAUUAGUAUGUAGAAGCCCCUGGUCGGUCCGUUAAAGCACCUUUUCCAUCUUUUCAAUCAGUUUUGCUCACUGUACGCCAGACCACUUCAAAAACAACACCAGCAAUGCAGAUUUUCUUGAUUCUUUCGCUUUCGUGUAUUUCGUCAUCGACACGUAUCGUAUUAUGCACUUUAUGCUAUGAUGUUGAUCUUCAUGUAGAGUAUCAAUUUUGCACAGUGCUGAUUGUACUUGCCACUCUUCUUCUUCUUCAAUGGUUCUACAUUCCAAUUGGAACAUAAACGCCAUAGCAUGAGAUCGUGUUUUGUUAAGCAAAAUGCAGGGAGUUGAGAAUGUACCCCACCCGAAAACAUCCUUGUCCGCACUUGCCUCUCUAACCAAAAACUACGCAAGCCAUCGCACACAUCAUAAGGGUAUCUUUUGCCAUGAACGAAUAGGACAUUUGCAAUGCUGUCUUGUGUGGCCAUUUCAUGCAGAACACAGCAAAAUUGAAGGGUUUCUGUUUGGCACACGUGUUGCCAAUCAAUCGCAUAAUGGAUCCAUCACAGCAAUCAGCAGAAGGAAUUUUCACGGUUGGCUUGUUUUCCCAAAAGGAGGGAUGUUCAGUGUUUUUGUAGCCUUUCCCUCUCUUAUUUCUCUGCUUCUAGGUAUAAAGUGGAUAAUUCUUGAGUUUUUCAACACCCGCAACCCAGCUUAUGCUUCUGCAAUAGAACGAGCUUUCAAGCUUCUUCAGAAAAAAAGGCAAUGAAAUUGACUAGAAGACGCAAUCUAGCUUUGCUAGAUUCUUAACGCAACGAAAUUGAUUAAACGUACAGGGCAUAAAAAGUGAAGUUGUAUUCUUGAGGCCUGUUUUCAAAAUGUUCUUCUGCUUAAAAUAUGGUGCUGUCACGGUAAAAAACCGACAAAUAUUUUAGGUACGGUAAAAAAGCCGUGCUGAAUAUUCUACAGUUCCAGUUCCCUUGUUCCAGAAAUGACUUAAACGAAAGUGAAUACGCACACUACCGAUAAGCCUUGUCUACAUUAAACCCGUACUAUUUCCAGUAUCGUCAUUAUUUAAAAAUCAAAUACACUCGCGAGUUGGAUUUUAUGUUGUCAUGUAAUCAUCUUCUAGCAAGUAAGCGAAAAUCACGAAACAGAAAACCCAUUAGAUUUCAUCGACAUAACAAAAAUCAUCCCCAUUUAACCAGCCCCUUUGUCAUCAACAAUCAUCAUUGCAUAAUUUUACACACAACCUUCCAGCACACAUACACACUCAAUAUUUUUGCAUAUAGUAGUGCGUUAGUUUAAGUGGAGAUCCGCAAAGCACACGCCCACUUUUCCGCUAAAGUGAAAAGUAGAAAGUGAGUAGUUGAGCGUCGGAGUAAAAAAAACAGAAAGAAAAAUAUAUUAUUUCAGCUAGAGCAAGAUAACUUUUAUGUGUAGGAGAGACGAAUCAAACGAUUGCAUUGCAAAAAAAAAGAGUGAUUGCGACAAAGUGAAACAAUAGAGAUUUAUAGCAGUAUGAUCGAGUAUUAUAGGAGAGUUUUGAAUGUGUGUGAAAGUAAAUUUUAAAGACUUUCAAGAAAGAGAAUAUUUAGUUUUUAUCGUUUUCUUAAAACAAUACAUUUAAGAGAAAAAAGAACAAAGCAUUGUGAAAACACAUGGAACCACUUUCAGAGAACGAAUUAAAGAAACAGCAAAGUCUUCGGUGAAGGCAACUUUGCCAACCAGAGAGUACAGAAAAGCGAAAAUUGUAAUUAGUAUAUUAUUAUAUUAAGUGUUACACAGAACAGAGAGUAACCUUUGUGCGGAUAGAGCGAACCACAAUUUAACUGUGGUGCGAGGCAUACUUGCGUGUAGAAGGUAGAGAAAGGGAAGAAACAAAGGUAUUGUAUAGCCAGAGAGACGUAAUAUAUAUUUAAAACGGAAUCCGCGUGCACUGCUAAUUGCGCAAGAUUUUAUUGCAAGAGUGCUGGCGGUGAACCUCUAUAGUCAGCAUUUGAAAAAAAAGGAAAUGUACAUCUCAAAUUUUUACUACUGUAUCUCACAAAUAGAAUAAUACUGAUUUUUGUUUUGCAUUGAAAAGCGUGAGUGAAAAAAAAAUCGAACAGAAUGCAUACACAAACACACAUACACACACAAACACAUAUUUGCAAACAAUAACCAGAUAAUACACACAAAAGCAUAUUGUAAUGAAUAACAUACUUGCAUAAAAUAAUAUAUGGUAAACAAGUGAAACAAACUAUUGAAAAAAACUAUUAUAUACACAACACAAUUAUUAUAUUAUUGAUUAUUAUUAUAUCAUUAUUACUAUUAUUAUUGCAAAUAAAUGCUAAAAUAAUUGUGACAUAA